AGUGCAGAGAUUUCCGCCGAGACCCCCGUCAGGCUGUCAGGUGACCGGCACGGAUGCUGUGACAUCACCGCCCCCUCGACCGACUGUCAGCCCUCCGCCGUUGCCAUGGCAACGUCGGCAACGGCCUGCGGAGCCGAGGCUGGCGACGAGACGCCUGCAGGAGGAGGAGGAGAGGCAGCAGGAGAAUGCCACACCGGUCUGGGCUGCAGGCGCUCCAGCUCGGACGCGGCCUAUGAGCUGGCUGAGACGGUGAGGGCGCAGCGUGAGUGUCGUCUCCGGCCCCACUACAGCGACCCCAUGCCAGCCGACGCCUCCAAGCGCAAACAGCUGGAGAUGAAGAUCGCUGCCGCCGCCCGACUCCACGGCCACCGCCGGGACCGUGACAGAGACAGUGCUCCUGCAGCCAUUCGUGGUCGCUCAGAGCCCCCUGGUGAGGAGCGUCAGGUGGGUCUGGGUGUGACUCGAUCGGGGCAGCACCGCUGGAGCACCAUCAGUAGUCUGAGCGCUGACAGCGGCGUGGUGGGUCUCAGCGACGAGCGAGAGGAGGAGGACAGCGAGCCUCGUCGUUACCGCAGAACCCGGGGAGCUGAUGUCGAGCGGGUGGACAGCGGAAUCGGCCCGGGGCUGUCCCGCACCUGGAAGAGACCGUCCGCCUCGCUCAGGGCCUGGGAGGCCCAGAGACCCUGCCCGGACUGCGGACUGAGGGAUGGGGCGUCCAAAGAGCGAGGAGAGCGCAUGUGUGAACGUUGCUCCAAACUGCGCACGGAGCGCAAAGAGGCCAUCCUGGAGUUUCUGAACACGGAGUCCAGCUACGGCGAAGACCUGCGGAUCAUCAGGGAGGAGUUUUACUGCCCCAUGCAGAGCGCCGGGCUGCUGACGGCUGAGCAGCUCACCGUGGUGUUCGGUAACGUCCAGGAGCUGAUAGACGUCAACGACCGCUUCACUGAGCACCUGCAGGACAGCAUCGACCAGGCCUUCGACCAGGGAGACGAGGAUCUGCUGACGGUGUACAUCGGAGAGAUCUUCCUGGAGUUCGUCAACAUGCUGCCCGCCUUCCAAACCUACUGCCUGCAGCAGUCCACCUCGGUCAACAUGCUCAACACGCUGGAGAAGGAGAAGGAGCUGCUCAGAAUCUUUCUGGAUGUCUCCCAGAACGACAAUACAGCACUGCGCCGUAUGAACCUGCGCUCCUUCCUCAUGGCGCCCCUCCAGCGGGUGACCAAAUACCCGCUUCUAUUGAGCCGCAUCAUUAAGGUCACACCCGAAUGUCACCCCGACUAUGCACGUCUCCGUGAGGCCAAGAGUCGGGUGGAGUCCCAUCUAGAGCACAUCAACAUGAAGACUAAGCAGGAGGGCAACGGCGUCACAUGGUCCCUCCGGUCAUUCCGAAGAGACAGCCGCAAGAACCGGGAGGUGAUAAACAUCGAGAUGCGGGAGGUGUCCAUGAAGACGGUGGGCUGGGCCCGAGAAAACACCCGCUUCGUCAUGGAGGGACCACUCCAGCUGUCCCAGCCGGCGGAUGGUCAGUGGGUGAGGAAGGGAAGCAAAGCCCUCAAGUUCCAGAAUGUUCAGAGUCUGCUGAUGGUGAGGACACAGCGGGUGGGUGAGGCCCCAGGACCGGGCACCGACCUGGGGGCAAGGGGAGAUCAGGUGGAGGGCGGCGGAGAGAGCAUUCGAGACGGAGUGCUGGUUCUCAUCAAGGACAAAAGCAGCGGGAAGUUUGCGGUGCUGAGAGAGCCCAUCCGUCUGGGGAACUGCGUGGUGUCUGCAGAUCCCGACUCUGAGGACACGUUCGAGGUGCUCGAUAUCCGACGGGAAUCAUUUGUUUUCCGCGCCUCGGACAAAUCUCGCACCCAGCAGUGGUUCCAUCAGAUUAAGAGGUACACUCGAGACUUAGGGACCUGGAGGAAAAGACGCAACGCUUUGCCCAACAUCAUGAUCAACACAAACCAGACCCGCUCCUGAGACCAGGCAUCCCCUCGGCUUUUCUUUUUCUAACACUGUAAAUAACCUGGAAUCCUUCAACUGCAAAAUCAGCCAAACAGCAAGAAACACUUGAGUGAGAUUCCAGUAAAAAAAAGUUUCAGGAGGAUAUAGACGGAUAUAGCACUUUUUUUCCUUACAAUGCUGUAAGUGCACCACCAUACUGUCAUGAAGUUUGAGGUUUUGAUUUAAAGCCGUGACGUAAAAAAAAAAAAUCAAAUUCUCGGACAACCAAAAAAACUUGGGCUGUCAGCCUUGAUUGUAAAGACUGUUUUGCUCUGGGAGAAAAAGAGCUGAGUUACCAGUGAAGGUGUGUCUGUUGCACAGCAUGACUGAACAUGACUGCAAAAAAGAAGUUUCAUUUUUUUAUACGAGACAGUUCGCGGUGGGGAAAAACAUGUUUGUUUUGGUAUGUCAUGGUGGAAAUGUGGUACAUGAGCAUUGUUCAGUGGUUUUCCGUUUGUUGUACUGACCUCUCCUCGUCUAUCUGCCGCCACCUACUGUACGUCGGCGGUAGAGCAACUUUCACUGCCAGAGAUGCAGUUGAGCAGAGCCUCUUCUAACGCGCUGAACGAACCUCCUGUAUCACUGUGUCCAAACGAGAACUCACACAACAGCAAUAAUAUCUGCCACUUUCAAAAUAAGUAGCUACUGUAUUUGUGUUUUAAUUUCCCAGGAGUUUCUGUUUGGCAUUCAGGUGGUGAUGCUGCUUCUGGCUGAGUCGGAUUCAACCCAAGUCUCAAAUCUGUUUGUCUGCAUCUUUACUGCUUCCCCUCUGAGGAACUCUCAUUGGAAUUAAGAUCAUCUUAGUGCCGUGGAAGCAGCUUGUGAGAAGUUUAGUCUCCUUCGUGUUAACAUCUCGUCAAAUAGGUCAAACGCUUCACCGUCCCUCAGUGUGGGUUCUGUGCCCAGUUUUCAACUUUGGGUUUCUGGACAGAUUAAUAGAUGUUUAUUCGUCUGGUCAAACACAAAAUUCCCAAAAGCCAGUCUUCUCAUUUGAGUUUUUGUUUGCAAUUUGAAAAUUUACACAGAGAAGAAGGAAACCAUUCAAAAUGUCAAAAAAUCUUACAGUGUUAAAGAAAGAGAUAAAAGACAAACCCCACCUCUUUGUUCAGGUUCAUGUGAAAACGUAACGAGUUCAUGUCCCAUCCUUCCUUCAAGCUUCUCGGAAUUCUGAUCGGUAACUUUCACGUUAUCCUGCUGACAAACAGACAAACAUAAGCUCCUUGGCUGAGAUAAUUAAUCACUAGUCAGCACUUGUGACUUGGUGUCAAUCUCCUAACUUCAUGAAUAAAACAGGUUUCCUGACCAACUCAACUCAAAAAUGUCCGAACCCUCUCGUCACGACAAGGUUUGACCAUGUGACCCAUCAAUGAGCUGUUGUGCCUUGGUACUUGAUUACUGUUAAGCUACAGCUGACUGUCACAGUAGCUUUGACCUGAGAUAUGGACUAGACUGCCCCCUGCUGGCACUCGGUUGAGAUUACUAACAAAGGCAAUAUAAGUGUAUUCCUCUGACAGUGCUUGGCUGCUGAUAACAUGCGAUCACCUGAUCUUCUCUUACUUCCGUGUGUUUUUACGUGUUUAUUUAUGAAGGCUUUAUUUUGUUCAAUGCACUUUAUUAUUAUCCAGUAGUAGAACAGUAACUGUUGGUAGAAAACAUAAUAAGCAGUCCUGUUAAAUCACAAUUCUUCAUAUAAGGAGGAACCUAGUUGACUGAAGCUGAUUUCAGUCAUCAAACCAAAACCACUUUUUAAGACCGAUGCUGUUUUCUGUUUUUAAUAACGUAGCACUAUGACAGGUAGGGAAUCACUGUUCUAUGGAGGGCAGGGCUGCUCAACUCCACACAAACACUCCUGCGCUGUUGGAGGACGCCGGUUCAGAUUUACAAAUUGUAAAAAGACGACUGAACUGCGUACCAUUACUUUCCUUUCCUCAUGUGCAUUUAAAAAGGCCUGAUGUAUUAUUUCCCCCAAUGAAUUCUAUUAAAAGUCUUUAAACAAAA